CACGUCGCUGAUUGUCGCACCUGAACCUCUGCAGGUUCAGGUUGCAGGUGAAAAUAGUUCAGAAACACAUACUGUUUCUUUGGAGUCAUAAAGUGCAGAUGCGAGACAGAAUAGAAAUUGAAAAAUAUUCGAUCAAUCAAGUCGAUCGUUUGCUGAUAUCCAUUAACUUAUGUCCGCCUUCAUACAUUAUAAAUGUAUAUCAAGUCAUAGUAUGUAAUGCCCAAUUGAUAUAUUCUAGACAUAAGAAAUGGUCAGCUAGAAAUGUCAAUAUACAGACUAUAAUUUGAUUGUCUGUCAGAAAUGUCUCGUAGCUCGAUAAAAAGUUAUUAUACUCACGUAACAUAACCGCAACGUGUCAAAUGACUACACGUAACCAUGUGAAUAAUACGUGCCCACGAUGAGCGACAAUAAAUAAUGUCAUGCACUUUCCUAAAACGUGAAAAUACCAAUUUUACGUUUCUUUCUGGCUUUUAAGCCUAAAUAUCUAUUGCGAACAUCAGUUAACUCGGAUAUCGAUAAAAAUCAUUAUUGAUUACGAAGUUUGUACUUUCUACUUUUUAUUAAUUUACCUCUGCAUCGAUAAAGGCAGAUAGGGGAACACUUUGCUCAAAACACUUUUCUAUGAUUGAUCCUGAGCUUCAUUAUUCAAUCAGAGUCAGUAGUGGAUCUGAUAAGAAAAAUAUGUUUGCGUUGGUAACAACGUCCAGUCCCUGUUUCGUCACGUUGGUAAUAAAGCUGAUUGAAGUCGGCGCGGAAUACUUCAAUAUUUAAACUGUCGUCGUAUCCAAACGUCAAGUAUCAAUAAGAUAGAAACUCUGUUCGCUAUAUUUAAUAUAACUCAUGUAUUAUUCGUGGAAGAAUCUCCUGGAUAAAGUGUGACAGAAUUCAUUUAAACACUCGUACGACAUAGACACUGUGAUUUCAUGAAAAAUUGUGAGUCAAGUAUGACCAUGCUUCAGUGCUGUACUUGUAUUAUAUUACUUUUGAACUUGUACACAGUUGUGAUGGGAGAUCUUAAAAAAAUCAGCUUGGAUCGGAAACGAAAUGAGAAGGAAAAACUCUUGGAGAAAUUCCUGAUGGAAGCUGAGAGUCAUUUGAUGAAAAAUUGCCCCAGAAGACACACGACUGUCAUUGCUGCGAACAAUCAACUUAUGAAGGCUGUAACAAUGAUUUUUAAGAACAGACCCUACUUUGUCGGUAUCGAUUCUAAGAUUUUCUUUAAAUCCCAUGAAUACCUGAUCGAGAACUGCAUCUUCGUCUUCGUCGAUAAAAUCGAUUACGAUUACUUGUCAAAGAUAUUCAGCGAUUUGCGACAACAUUACAAUACCAAACUACAAGUCAUCUCGACAAUUGGUCUAUCGGAAGAAGAAGUAAAGAAAACCUUAGAUUUGGCAUACGACAAGUCAAUUGAAAACGUCUCAGUCACUUUUCUGAAGAACAGCCAAUUCAAGAUGUUCCAAGUGUAUCCUUUCACGAGGAACUGCGAGAGAGAAGUAAGACAAUCUUACGUCUGGUUUCUUGAGGAAGGACUUGAAGCGUAUAACUACGACGACUAUUCGCCGCGAAAUUUGAACAAGUGUCCAGUUUUAAUUUCGACGUUGCCUUUGAAAAACACCAUCGGCGUUCACGAGUAUCCAAACGGCACCCUAGAAAUUUUGGGUGGUGGCGAGGGAAAUUUAAUUACAACGUUAGCCCAAAAGCUCAACUUCACCAUCACACUUAGAUAUCCGGAAAUAAAAGACUGGGAAGGUCUAGUGAACAAUACUAUAGUCGGUCUAGUGGGCGAAGUUGUAAAUAAAAAGUCACUGAUAGCAAUUGGACAAUUGCGACCUACCGUAGAAAGAUAUAGUAACUGUCACCUCACAGCAAGUUAUGGUCAUGAGUGUAUAGUAUGGGCGAUUCCCGUGAUACUCGCUCAUACAAAAGACAUCCUGCACGCUGAAUUUCCAGAGUAUCUAUGGGCGGCCAUUUUAAUGACAAUAUUUUUCAGUAGCACCUUCAUCUGUAGUCAAUUGGAAAAAAAAUCGAGUAACCAUAAAGAAACUUACGUUAAAAUCACUAUGGACGUGAUAAGCACUACCCUUGGAGUUCCAAUUCACCGGCUGCGAACGAAUCAACCAGGCAAAAUAUAUUUUCUGUCAUAUAUUUUUUAUUCGUUAGUUCUGACGGUUGCAUACAAAACGUCUUUGGCCGCCAUGUUAGCUGUAAGAAGUGACGUGCAAUUAAUAAAAAAUUACGAGGAUAUCGUUAAGUCGGGAAUAACCCCAGGCGGCAGUAGCAGUUCACUGGAUAUUCUACAGAAUCAACGAGAUCAAAAUCCACACAUGGAUUAUCUGAUAGACAACUAUGAAAUUGUCAUCAACACUACUCAGGCGUUGAGUAGGCUUAAGUAUCAAAAAGAUUUCGCCUACAUGAUACACCUCUCGACAAUGAAGUAUUACAUGCACAAUUUAAUUGUAUCUGGACAGAAGGUAUAUUUCUACUUGGUUGACGACUGCAUUAUGUCCUACAAUACAGUAGUACUUGUUCGCAAAGGUUUUAUAUUGACUAACGAAUUAAAUCAUAUAAUCCAGAUUAUGCUUGAAUCCGGUCACAUCGACUUCUGGAAUACCGACGAGUCCAAUAGUGAAGUUAGAAACGUAAAUGUGGUUGAUACGAAAAUGCAGAAGCUUACGUUGUCACAACUGAAGUCAAUAUUUGUACUUUACUUGUUAGGUAUGGCACUGUCCAUCGUUAUCGUGACUUUCGAGCUCGUAAUUGCCACGUUGUUAAGUUAACGCAAGUAUUACAAAGACUACACUUCAAAGUCGUAAUACCUCAGAACUUAAUGGUUAAAUGUUCGUCUGAACUAGAAUUUCAUGCUGUCAAAUUAAAAUUUGACGAGGUAUCGAAUUAACGUUUCCUAACGACGUAAAGUAUGUAGCUAUGAGGUAAACGUGGUAGCCGUUUUGUGUAAAAAUUAUUUACAGUGAAUUAGUUCCGUGUAACGAUGGUAUCGCUAUAAAAAUAUUGCUAAUGAUUACGGAUAAUUAUGUUUGCUCGGAGCGUAAGUAGAACAUGUAGAUGUCUCUUCAAAUAAAUAUACGUGUCAACUCGGUUGGCUAUCUUAUUUCCAUCAAGUACGAAUUACCCAGUGAUGGAAAAAGUAGUACGAACGUCGGUAUAUAAUUUUAAAUUUCUCGCGUUUACGUCAAGUCAUAAGGACAGCUUGGCUAGUACGAAGUCGGUUGGGUCACGAAAGAAAGGACGCAAUGCUGGGUCAAAUAAUAUUGACCUUAUCACUCAUUGCAAUGUCCUGUCAUAUGUUGAUCCUUGAGCCGCAAAGUAUCGCUGCAGCGAACUUAGAGUCAAUGACGAAUUUCAUA